CCUUGAAAAUUCUCUGAAAUAAGGAGUCGGUGUUCAGCAGAAUUUGAAGGAUCCUUGACGUUGGAUUCGAUGGUGUAGCCUCCUUGAAAUUCAGCCAUUUAAGGAUCCUUCCUCAACUUUGAGAAUCACUGUCUAUCAAGUCGCUCCUCACUCUACAGCAGAUAACGCCAUUAAAAAAUAAAAGCUCUGUGCUUGAAAUUUACCAUACCUUAAAAUAAAGUGUGUGUUUGCAAGUCACUUGUGGUCCAUACAGAAUGGAUCCGCGACCUACUUUUGGACUGUGAUGCACUAGUUGGGAACCCUCCAAAAAUUAUGAGUAAAUAUGAACAACUCUCUCUCACAUCCAAAAACUAGAGCGCUAAAAAGCUCAAGUUUGUCAUGUCAUCAAGAAGAAAGUCUGAGGCUGCUUCAUAGACAAUGAAUAGGAGAGCACCUAGGUGAAUGUUCUGAGUAUAUGGGUGCAUUUUUUGUUUCGGUAAUGGCAACCUACGAUAAAAUAAAACUCAUUUGGGUAUAAAAAAAGAACUCAAACAUUCUGUGACCUCACAAAAUCAGACUUCUGUUCAUUGUCUUUCGAGCAGCUCCAGACUUUACACUUGAUGACAUCACAAGUUUAAGACUUUUCUGGUUUUUGUCUUUCAGAGAGAGUAGCUCCUGUUUGCAAAUAUUGAUUCAACUUUUCUAGGUCAUGGAAAUGACAUGACAUUACAUAUUGGAAUUCUUAAUUUAGAUGGUGUUCCCCUUUAAGUAUAUUUUGAUGCUGUUGUGGAUUUUUACAUGUAACAGAAGUGAGUCCUUAUUGCACCACUGCUUGUCCUUGUUUCACUUUGCUAUCUGUUGAAGUCAGAGGUUUAAAAACAUGACAGCCAACAGCAAAGUCUUUCCAGAUGUUAUUCCCUCUGGGAUAAAAGUCCAGUUUGAGGCGGCUCGAGGAGCCAUGGAGCAAACAAUCACGAUGAAGCAGAGAUCACAUGGAAGAUUUCGAUAGCCUGUGCUCUUCAACUUCAGCGCCAGCACCGUCAGGUUUCGGCUUGUACAUUUUUCACAGGCAUGGUAUUUGGAUCUGUCCUCUCCAGUGUGCGUACCCACAUGCGCAUGCGUCCCGACGUUGAAAGAAAAAGGGAACGCGCUGUAACAGAGAGAGAAAGCGUUCCAGUAAACCGCUAUAUGUGCCUGCAGACUUCAUGCCACUCAGAUCCACUGUAAACUCCCCUGCGGUUUGCGUGUACGCGUCUUGUUUCCGCUACAUUGUUCCGAGGGAUGAACUUUGAUGCUCACAUCACAUCCCUGCUUCUACCCGGGUGUGUGUGCGCUGCAGGCAGACGCAUAUUUCUCGUUUUCCCACGCAGUGUGUGUCACCAAAAGCAACGUGAACUUGGUUGCAACAUCAUUGUACUGUACAACAGGCUCGCUCCGCGGAUUGAAGCUCAUCUGUCGGGCGGCACUGCUGGGAGAAGCCCAGACUCGUUACAUCUGUAUCACUGAGGAGAUAAUCAUCGGAAAUGAAAGAGGGAAAAGGAUAACCUCAUGCACUGUGUAGACAUGAGAGGACCAAGGAGCACGUGAAGAUGUCCCAGAAGGCAACUAAAACAUGGUGCCUUAGGCUUCUCCCAAUCCUCCUCUUCUUCAUCUCCUUCGUCACAUACUACUGCUCCUAUGCCAUACUUCAGAGCUACGGAGGCACCAGCAAGUCUCUGAACAGUAGCAAGUCGCUGUGUGGUGGUUGGCUAACCCAGAAGAAGUGGGAGAGUCUUAACUUUAACAUUAGCCGACAGACGCAGCUCUUCCUGAAACUGGAGGAUUUCUUCUGGCGGGAGCAUCUGUCAAAGCUGGCAUUACCUUAUGGCAUUAAGGGCAGUGAGCUGCUGCUACUAAAAGUUCUUGCUGUAAUUGCAAAUUACCAGGUGCCAGCCAACAUUGAAAACCUGGAAUGCAGAACCUGUGUAGUCAUAGGCAACGGCUUUGCCAUUAAAAACAGCUCAUUGGGAGGCAUCAUCAACAAAUAUGAUGUGGUCAUUCGGUUGAAUGAUGCCCCAGUGAGAGGCUAUGAGGAGGAUGUGGGGAACAAGACCACCAUGAGGUUCUUCUACCCGGAGUCGGCCUCUUACAACCCUGCACUGCACAACGAACCCGGCACGCUUAUGGUCCUGGUGCCUUUUAAGCAGCAAGACCUCCGCUGGCUCAAAGAGAUCCUCUAUAACGAGAAGAGGGUCAGGAAAGGCUUCUGGAAGCCCCCUCCCCAAAUCUGGUUGGGUGACGUUAAUAAUAUCAGAGUGCUGGACCCCCACUUUCUGCACCACACUGCAGACAGACUGCUUCAGAUCCCUUUGCACCCCAGGAGUAAACAGCCAGUGCAUCCUACGACGGGUAUCCUCGCUGUGUUUGUUGCUCUCAACUACUGUGAUGUGGUCCACAUUGCUGGUUUUGGAUACCCUAACACAAAGAGCCAAAGGCAGCCUAUCCAUUACUAUGGAUAUGACACCAUGAAGUCUAUGAAGAAUUCUUACCAUGACCUCAAUCACGAAGCAGAAGCCUUAAAAAGACUGGAGGAUUUGGGAGCUAUUUUGUACCUGCAACAACAUUUAUGAUACACACACUUUUACAGUUUGAUUUAAUCCAAAAAACGAUUGAACACCAAAUCAUGACUGAAUUUGGUUUGGGUCAUCCUGUCCAAAUCAGAUCUCAAUGUGCCUUCUGCGGUGAGAUACAAGACUUUUCGCGCCAUCAUCUGGUGAUACAAGUGUCACAGGUUGAACUCUGAAGAAUGUUUUUCUCCCCGGCGCCUUAUAUUCUGUUAAACAGAAAAAAAAAGAAAAGUGAUUUAACUGCUUUUUUAAAAUGGCGUUCCUUCAGUUUGUCAAAUACAGUGACGUUUGGUAACACGGCCCAGUGUUUUGCAAAUUGCUUAGAGGUUUGUAACUUUUAUGGGUUUUAAACCACGACUUUCAAAGUCACUUUGCAGGACACUAACUAUGUAAUAGCAAAAUUAUGUCCGAUUAUGUCUGCAUUUUGGGUAAUUCCAGUGCUUUGAUGUUGUUUUUAGGGCCAUGUGAUUAAUGUGGGCUGUUAUUUUUGUGCAGAGAUUUCAUGCAUAUCAUUGAGCUGCGAAACUAAUCAGAUCAGAUCAUUUCUCACUGUAUACACUCACCAUGGUUUGAGAUUCAUUUUUCAGAUUUAUCAAGUCAGAAUCUGUUUUAUGGUAAAGAGGUGUUUUAGAAUCUGUGGGUACUUUAUGUGAACUUCACUUUCAAUGUACAUGUUAGUGUAAAUGAAAUCAAAAUGAGCUGAUCGCAGACCUGAUUCACACAGGAUUAGAUCCACCUUACUUUUAGAUUUCUUGGACUGGAAAUACAACUUGUAUUUUGCCUAUUUGUUAGAGUUUUGAUUACAGUUUUCUGGGGGGUUUAAUUUAUUCAGUCUUUUUUUGAGAAAUAGUACCUAUAAAAUGGUACCACUGGAUAUUUUUUAUUGUACAGAAUUAAAUAAAUUUUUAAUUGAAAUGAAA